AUGUUGGUCACCUCUUCUCAAUCAUCAACGCAGCGACCAUUAGGCUUGUCUGUUGAAGAGUUGUUUGCAUUGGAUCGUCAAUAUCGUCGCGUUGAACAACAACAACAGCAACAUCUAGCACAAUUACAAGCCCAAACGCGUAUAUCUUCAUCGAAUUUGAAUCGUUUAGCUAGUCGCUCUCUUGAUCUUGUUGCAUCACCGCCAGCAAAUUCUUUAACAAUACUUCCAUCACUUGAAAUUCAUGGUCAUGGCUACAACAAUCGACCGUAUCCACCGCCGACCCCAUCAUCAUCUGCCGCUCUCAAUUAUCCUCGAUCACAUUCCAUCGAUCAUUUCAGAUACAUCUCGCCUCCACCUCCGCCUCCGACUGUCAAACACACAUAUCCACAGAGAUCAACUCUCAACGACACCGGGCAUCAGGCACAUUACCAGUCGAAAUAUAAAACUUAUUUACAACAACCGUCUACAUCUUUAAAUAAUGCAUCAUUAUCUGGAAAUGGUUUUGUGUAUGAGUUUCCUACGUCGUCAUCUGUUGAUUAUUCUGAUAAUCGAGGUACUUGUAAACUUCGUCGACAACAUCCGAUAAAACGUGAAUCGUCGCGGCGGAUUGUCGUUCGACCUGUUGUACAUCGACGACGUGAACCGUCGUUGAGUUCGUCAUGCGAAUCACUAGAUGAACCGCGUACACAUCCACACCUACCUCGCAUUGAAACAGAUAUUUCUUCUAAUCAAUCAGUAUUAACACCAUCAAUGGUAGAAGAUUUCUCGAAACCCACGAGUUCAUUAAGGCAACAGCUAAUCUGUAAUGAUUUGUCGUCAGAUGAAGGCGAAGUCAAUCUGUAUGAAAUGCGUGUGCCCAUCGGUAAAACCUACGAUACAUCCGAUAUCAGCGUACAAUUAGAAGGACCGAAAAUUCUCAUUCAUUGUCAUACGAUUGAACCAACAGAUAAACGUGGAAAUUACCGCAAACAUGAAUUGAAAACUGAGUUAUAUGUGCCGGAUGUCGUUGAUGAUGAAACAAUUGUGGCUUAUUUAACGGAAGAAGGAGAAUUGAUUGUCGAAGGCAAAUAUCAUCAAUGGGCGUGGAAAGAAAUUCAAAAGAAACGACACAUCGAACAAAAAGAAUCGAGUCAUUCAACACCGUCUGUAAAUACAAAAGUCACAUCGACUAAACACGAUGGGGGAGCAUUGCUCAGUCCAUUCAAAUCAAUUGUUGAUUGGGUUAGUUUGGAGCAAAAAGGAUUGCUCACAUCGUCGCACACCACAAGCUCGAACCAACCAUUAAGUAGUAGCACUGCGCAUCGUAUUGAAAAACUUGAUAACAAUCGCACGAUUAUUCAUGUUGGUGAACCGACCUCAUUCCAACAAGCACCCGAUUCGAGAAAAGUCACAGAUAUUAUCAAUCGCUUUAAUACCUUGUACAAAAAUCCGCUGAAAGAUAUCUGGGAUGGACAAUACACAUUUACCAAUGAUUCGCCACCGAUCUUGAUCUAUCAUCUUCGUUUAUCAUUCGAAACUUUGAUGGAUGAAAUACGUAUUCAAUCCGAUCCAAAAUUGAAUCUUUUGAAAAUCUUCAUUGAACAACAAGAAAAAGAUCGUCUCGAAGAGCAAAUAUCACAGAAUAAAGUUAUUCUUCGUUCAACAUCACGCAUCUGUCGUUUACCAAAAGAUUACAAGUAUGACUAUACUCGUUUACGUGUCACUUUUCUCAAAGAUAGCUUCAUCCGUAUUGAAAUACCAACCAGAAACUAA